CACGUUUCUCGUCUCAAGCGAUCCGCCAUGCAUUCACUCAUUGCUCUUCCAUCCACGGAGAGAAGAAAGACGUGAAUUAAGAGUGAUAUAACAGCGAAAAGAUGGGUCGUCGGCCGGCAAGAUGUUACCGGUACUGUAAGAAUAAGCCGUACCCAAAAUCUCGUUUCUGUCGGGGAGUUCCAGACCCCAAGAUUCGAAUUUUCGACCUGGGCAAGAAGAAGGGACGUGUGGACGACUUUCCACUCUGCAUCCAUUUGGUGUCCGAUGAGUAUGAGCAGCUGUCCUCCGAGGCGUUGGAGGCUGGUCGUAUUUGUUGCAACAAGUACCUCGUCAAGUCCGCGGGGAAGGAUCAGUUCCACAUUAGGAUGCGACUCCACCCCUUCCACGUACUCAGGAUCAACAAGAUGUUGUCCUGCGCUGGGGCUGAUAGGCUCCAAACUGGAAUGAGAGGUGCUUUCGGCAAACCUCUCGGAACCGUGGCUCGCGUUCAAAUCGGACAACCCAUCAUGAGCGUCCGAACUCUGGACAAACAUAAGCCCCACGUCAUCGAGGCUCUCCGGCGAGCAAAGUUCAAGUUCCCAGGACGUCAGAAGAUCUUCGUCUCCAAGAAGUGGGGCUUCACCAAGUUUGAGCGACCCGAGUAUGAGCGCCUCAAGAGCGAAGGACGCCUCGCCCCGGACGGUUGCAACGUCCAAUACCGCGCCGAACAUGGUCCUCUCAACGCCUGGAAGAAGGUUCAACAAGAGUUGGCUGGAGUGGUUUAAAAAAGUCUAAAAAUUUUGAUAACUGGUUAAAAAAAUAUCAAUAAUUCUUUCUAUUCCAAUCCAACCAAACCAUGAAAAUAAGUUCGACUCUGUAUGUGAGGGGUGUAUAUUGUCAGUAUUGUUAUCCUACGAGAAGAAUAGUGUCAAUAAAAUCGCUCACAUUUAUGAACCGAACAA